AUGCCUAUUGGAAGGGGUAAUCGCCGUGAUGUUAAAAAUCUCUCAAAGAAUCGCUUCUCAAAAUUGGAUGCUGAUAUCGUCAGUUCAUACGUGGAUGACGAAGAAGAGGAAAGGCCGCGGAAGCCACAAGGCUCGGUAAGCCGUGUCAUCAACCUGCUGGCUGGGCGAGUCAUGCAUGGACAAGGUGGGAGCCGUCGCGGCAAAAAGGAAGAGCAGACGCUACGGAGCGCAGGAGGUGUUGCCCGCCACGCGGAGAUGGUUUAUAAAAUCAGAAUUCCAUUUGGUCGGAAGUUCACGGUCCCUUGGAUAAUGAAACAGUUACAUCAACAAAUCGAAGACAUCAAACCGCUGCUAGUCACAAUCACACCAAGAGGAGACGUCGAGUUCUUCUUGAAGAGUGAAGACUCGGCAGAGGCAUGCCGAGCUAUAUCACGUCGUAUUGUUCACAGAGUGACAGGCGAUCGAAUGACAAUUGUUGUUGACAAGGUUGUAGCUCCAUGGACUCGACUGAGCAAAGAAGAGACAUCGGUGAUACAGAUGGUCGUCGAUAGUCGCUAUAAUCAUGACACCCGAUCACUCGACCUUAGCGAGUUCGCUUUAGAUCCAAAGUUCAAAGAACGUGAUUUGCACAUGAUGCUCAAUAAGAACAAUGUGAUGCUAACAGUCGUUGACAGGAUUGACGAGAAAUUCGGUUCGAUAACUGCACUUAGCCUACAGGGCAAUCGGCUGAGAUUUUUGGACUACGCCGCUGUUUUAACGAGUGUUACAAAGUUCCUGAAAGUGUUAGAUUUGUCGAAUAAUCAGAUUGACAAAAUCAGCGAGUUGGAGAAAUUGAAGGGUCUGCCUGUUGAGACGCUAUUCUUCGAAGGAAAUCCGCUUGUCGAGCAGCUUACGACCGCUUCUGGAUAUCUCAGGUCUAUUGAUGGUGCUCCAGUUCAACCUGCGACAGUACAUGUGCAAUCCUUGGACGACGACGAAGUUACAUCAGAACCUCCGUGUAGGCCAGGAUUUUAUGGAAACGAUGCUCUGCGAGUAUUGGUGGAACGUUUUCUUGUUGAGUACUUCAAGCUGUAUGACGGUGAAGAUGGGGCUAUCACACGAAAAAGCCUCGUUCAAGCUUACGAUGCAGAUAAUUCUUCCUUUACAAUGACAAUCGCCAAUAUAAAGGACAUGUGUCAUGAAGGACCAAUGCGAUAUCCAGAUGAUGCGUGCUACAGCCUGUAUAUCCGUUCAUCUCACAACGUCUUGUGUGAAGAUAGAUGGUCGCGAAAUCGCAGCACUCGUACUUUUCGAGGAGCAAUGGACAUUGCCGUGGCUCUUUCUAAGCUGCCGAUCACGAAUCACUACACUGAAUCCUUCAUGGUGGACACACACUUGAUAUCUGAAGAACUGCUGGCAUUCACAGUUCAAGGACUUUUCGAAGACGGAAGGUUCGCGAAAGCUGGAGAUAUCCCACAACUAAACUACUUCACACGAUCAUUCGUGGUGUCUCCACGUGGAAAUGAAUCCAUAGCUGUUCUGUCCGAUAUGCUGUUCAUCAGUGGAAUCACUGCGGCACGAAUGGCACGAUAUAAGUUAAUGCUAAACAAGGCGGCAUCAGCAGGACCAGCGCCUCCUCUUCCUCCCGCUCCGGCCAAUCCAGUUGUGCAGGCGGCUGAGUCCAUUAGCGGCCUGCAAAUGUCUGGCCAGCAGCCAUCACCGGAAGUCAAGAGACAGAUGAUUGAGCAAUUUUGCAAAGACAGCGGCAUGAUAGCAUCUUUCUCGGAGAAGUGCUUGAUAGAAUACGACUGGAACUAUGAGUAUCUA